GAAAGAGAAGAACUUUUUGUCAUCCCGCAGGUCUCUUCAGUUUGAGGGAAUCGAAGCGCUACAAGUGGUUGUCUGCAACUGAGCCGAGAACCUACUGACAGAAGGAGUGUUUGUUUUUUUAAAACAGCGUAAACGUUUCGAGUUUACUUUUCUCUCCCAUGAUUGAGUUCCAAACAAUGUAUAGCAUGAUGGAACACGAGCUGAAGCCUUCUGGGCAACAACAGCAGCAGCACCAAACGGCCCAGGGCAUGUCCCCGGUCACUGGAAACAUUGGCAACUCUCACAUGGGGUCCAAAUCCGUGUGCCCUCCGGGCGGGGACCCAAUGGACAAGGUCAAAAGGCCCAUGAAUGCCUUCAUGGUGUGGUCCAGGGGCCAGCGCCGCAAGAUGGCCCAGGAGAACCCCAAGAUGCACAAUUCUGAGAUCAGCAAGCGGCUGGGCGCGGAGUGGAAGCUGCUGACAGACGCCGAGAAGCGGCCGUUCAUCGACGAAGCCAAGCGCCUCAGGGCAGUGCACAUGAAGGAUUAUCCCGACUACAAGUACAAGCCACGGCGCAAGACCAAGCCCCUGCUCAAGAAGGACAACCAGAUGGCAAAGUACCCUCUCUCCGCCGGGAACCUGCUGGCCGCAGCGGCCGCGCAGGGCCAAGGUGGGAGCACCAGAAUGGAGAGCUACGGAUGGGGCCCGGCGGGAGGUUACGCUGGGAUGCAGAACGAGGCCCUCGGCUACACUCAGCAGCUGCACCGCUAUGACCUGUCCGCGCUCCAGUAUCCCCAGGCCAUGACUGCAGCACAGACGUAUAUGAAUGGAGCCAACACCUACAGCCCCAUGUCCUACAGCAGCAGCUCCCAGCAGCCCAGCCCGGUCAUGUCCAUGGUGAAGCCAGAGCCAGUAUCACACUCCCCGACUGGUGGACCUAACCACCACCGCGGGCCUCUCCAAGGGGACCUGAGGGAUAUGAUCAGUAUGUACAUCCCCGGGGGGGACGGCAAUGACCCGGCCGCCCAGAGAGGAGGCUACAGCGUCCAGCAACACUAUCUCAGUGGGACCGUUCCCCUCAGUCAUAUCUAGGGACCGUUGGGGGUAGUGACUGGGACUGAUGUUGGGUGUGCCCGGGACACAAGUUAAAAAGCACCCCCGGAACUGAACGCCACAGCCUUAGACACGCUCAUUAUGGUUCCGUGUUGCAUUAAAAACAGCAGUGACUUUAUAGGAAAGGUUAUUUUUCUACCUCUGCAAUUUUAACUAGAAUCCCUUCGUCCGUCCCAAGACUGGGUGGUUUGUUCAGUCUCCCAUCCACUAUUUGGAUGGAGACCUGUCCCUUCUCUGUGAACUAUGAAGGACUGCUGUAUUGUACAUACGAUCUUUACUUCUCUCCAUGAUGACAACGUUUGUGUACAAUCUUGGUUCAGAAACUCCCAGGCUCUAUGUAUGUUUCAAGACUAUAAUGUUCACAACGUUCCAUUGUAUUCUCCUACUGGCACGGUAGCGUCGGCCCCUUGGGUUGAUGGGUAAUCAUCACGACCUGAACCGACCGGGAUGGAGACACGACUUGUCUCUCAAAUGGCACCCUAUUACCCAUCAUGCACAAAUUAGGAUCUAAGCACUAUGGGCCCUGGUCAGAAGUAGUGCACUAUAAAGGGAAUAGGAUGCCAUUUGGGAUGCAGGCACAAAACCCACAAUGGAGGGGCCCCACCACAGGAACACAACACACUGGGAACUAGGUUAGCCAAUCAAGGUCCUCCAAGGGCCAGUGACAUACAAAUCACAUGACCUGCCACAAGGCUUGAAAAGAUUCUGAUUCCAGAACAGAUCAUCUCAAAUCAACUAGAUGCCUGCUAGUGAAGUGAACUAGAUGGAGAAAUGCACAUAACUUGAAUGAAGUGACUUAUUAUUUUUUUAUAUGUAUGUAUGGCCUCUUUGUUAUGUGCUCUUGUUUUUAAAGCCAAUCCGAUCCCAUAGGAUGACAUGGUAUAGUCUGUUGUCCAAUCUCAUGAGUUCACUGAAUACAAUGGAAAACAGUAUGAAAUUAUUUUAACUCCUGUUUAGUAGACGCAACUGUCCAAACCACAUACCAAUGCAUUUUAAUUUAGUUUGAGUAUAAAAUGUUUAACAUAACAGCAUGGUUUAAAGUUAACAUUACGCCUUGUUCCUGCAAUGAGUUUUAAUGCACCAUAUUAUUGUUUGUUAGUCAACUAUUUUGACCCUUUUUUUUUGUAAAUGUUUGGAGUUACGCUGCUGGCAAAGUCCCAAGUUGCUAUACUGCUUACUGUUCAAAUAGCCUCUGUAUUCUGCAGGUUUUAACUUUGUUCAUAGAACACGCUUAACUGUUAUACAAAUGCUGCGUUCCAUUUAAUUGUUUACUUCAGCUCAAAGUUUUAGCUAGAUAUUUUUUACCAAAUACACUUUAAUGUGCUCUAGUUUGGCAACUGUAUGGAUUUCUACUUUUUAGACAUGUUCAACCAAGCACUGUUAUGACACUCUGCCCGGGCAACUAACGGAGAAUAAAAAUGAUUUUAUUUUACACUACAUUUCUCAGUUAUCCAACUUGUCAUGUUUGUAUUUGAGCUGUCAGUUGUCUGCUUGAGGUAUUUUCAGAUACCGUGUAAUAUUUUCCUAAUAAUUAUUCUACAAAAGGAGUUGCCAUGUUUUCUCAAGUUGCUUGAACAAGACUUAGGGGGUGAUGGUGAAUGUUCCUUCAUUUGACAGCCCCUGCUAACCAACAUUUAUGAUAAUUUAGUCUACCAGUGCUGCUUAAAGUUUUUAUAUAUAUAUAUAUAUAUAUAUAUAUAGUAAAAAGUGGGUGACCUAGGCUAUGAAAGUGGUAGAACCAUUCUACCAGAUGGAUAGAAUUGGUCAUGUUUUGAGUCUCCUAGUAUUGUGCAAUCCAAACAGGAACUUGCUUGCAUUGAAAUGGAAAUUAGUACCUAAUAACUUUUAUAAGUCAAGGUAGGGUUAAUUGUAAUUUAAAAGAAUAACUAAACACGACUGUUUACAUUGCAAUCCAAGUGUGUUAAACUGAACUUUUACUGUGUUAUUUUUUUAUUUAGGUCAAUCCUGGUUGUGUGUAUAGUGAGGGGGAAAAGGCUUGCAACUUUUGAUGUGUAUAAAUAUUCUUAAGGCCCUGAUACUAAGGUUAUUUUUUUUAACUCAUGUUCACCUGUGGCAAGGAUGACAAGUAUUAAUAAAAAUUACAACUCUG